GGGUUGUGGUGUGUGUAUGUGUGUUUUGUGCUAAACUGAAAAUGGCGGCCCGAAGCGGAUCGUCUUAACUUUACAGCACAAUAACAAGGAUAACAAACUAUAUAUCAGCAGUUACGUACGAUGGAGACAAACUUGGCUGAGGACCCAUAAUUGCUAUCCUUCAGGACCCCGUUAGAGACAUUAAACCCAUCGGAAGUCAUUGAAAGAAGUCAUGGAUGACCAACACCCCCGUUACAGCAAACGCCUGCGAACAGGAACGCGGCGGCGUUACCAGGACGACGGCAUCUCCGACGACGAGAUCGAGGGCAAGAGGACGUUCGACCUGGACGAGAAGCUGCGGAGCGACCGCUUCAACUCCAAUUUGGUCAAACACAUGGAGGGCAAAGACUUCACCUUCGAGUACAUCCAGCGGGAGGGACUGAGGGACCCCCUCAUCUUCGAGAAGUCGGACGGCCUCGGCAUAGAGAUGCCAGAUCCCGACUUCAGCGUGAGCGACGUCAAGCUGUUCGUAGGCAGUCGCAGGAUGGUGGAUGUGAUGGACGUGAACACCCAGAAGGGCAUCGAGAUGUCCAUGGCCCAGUGGAGGCGCUACUACGAGACGCCGCCGUCGGAGAGGGAGAAGCUGUACAACGUCAUCAGCCUGGAGUUCAGCCACACCAAGCUGGAGAACCUGGUCAAGAGGCCCGCCUCGGUGGACCUGAUCGACUGGGUGGACAACAUGUGGCCGAGGCACCUGAAAGAGCGGCAGAGGGACUCCACCAACGCCAUCAUAGACAUGCACUACCCCAAAGUCCAGAAGUACUGUCUGAUGAGCGUGCAGGGCUGCUUCACAGACUUCCACAUCGACUUUGGGGGCACCUCAGUGUGGUACCACAUCCUGAGGGGAGGCAAGGUGUUCUGGCUGAUCCCGCCCACCCCCCAGAACCUGGAGCUGUAUGAGAACUGGGUGUUGUCAGGGAAACAGGGAGACAUCUUCCUCGGGGACAAGACCACUGACUGCCAGAGGAUCGAGCUGAAGCAGGGCUACACCUUCAUGAUCCCCUCAGGCUGGAUCCAUGCUGUGUACACUCCGGAGGACACCCUGGUGUUUGGAGGGAACUUCCUCCACAGCUUCAACAUCCCCAUGCAGCUCAACAUCUACAGCAUCGAGGACCGCACGCGGGUUCCAGCCAAGUUCCGCUACCCGUUCUACUAUGAGAUGUGCUGGUACGUGCUGGAGCGCUACCUCUACUGUCUCAACAACACGUCUCACCUCACCCCCGAGUUCCAGAAGCACUCCCUUGGCAUCGGUCUGACCCGCGCCGACGUCCCCGUCAACGGCCACGCCCACGACGGCACGCCGGACGACGGGAAGGCCGCGGAGGAGGAGGAGCGCCCCCCCGAGGGCGGGCCCGGGCCCGUGAAGGAGGAGGAGGUGGAGGAGGAGGUGGACGGGGCCCACGUGAAGGCCGAGGCCGACGCCUCUCCCCCGCCGCCGGCCCCCACCAAGCCGGGCGUGAGGGUGAACCUGACCCCCCUGGAGCUGGAGGGCCUGUGGAACCUGCUAGGGAAGCUGGAGGAGCUGCCGGCCCACAAGAAGUGCGUCCCGGCGGGCAUCCAUAACGCCCAGGCCCUGCUGCAGGACAUCCGGGCCCUCCUGGAGGAGCAUGCCAACGACGACACCAAGAUGUCCUACACGGGAGAGCCCAUCGUCAAGUGGCCCCGGAGGCCGUCGUGGUACCAGCCCCCUCCCCCCCCUCCCCAGGUGAUGUACCGGCCCCGCCUCGGCGCCUCCCUCCACCGCCCCGCCACCCCGCGGCCCGUCAAGCCCGCCUCGUCCAUCUCGGCGCUGCGGCGGCGGCGCGUGCGCUGCAAGCGCUGCGCGGCCUGCCUGAGGACGGAGUGCGGCGACUGCACCUACUGCCACGACAUGAGGAAGUUCGGGGGGCCCGGGCGCAUGAAGAAGAGCUGUGUCAUGCGCCAGUGUCUGGCUCCCUGCCUGCCCCUGACGGCCAAGUGUGCGGUGUGCGGGGAGGGCAACCAGGAGACGGAGGAGGCCAGCCCGUCCACUCAGACCCUCAUGGAGUGCACCAACUGUGCCCAGAUCACCCACCCCGAGUGCAUCAAGCUGCCAGGGGAAGGCAGGAUCAACAAGAUCCUCCCCAGCUGCUGGGAGUGUCCCAAAUGCUACCAGGGACAUGGGUCAGUUUCACAGUCUUCCAGUGACGACGACAGCGUAGCGUCCGUCGGCUCCUUCUCUCCUCCCGACCCCCCCAAGCGGCCCCACCAGGGGAGGGCCGGGCGGGCGGGGGGCUGCGGGUGGGGCGGCGCGGGCGCCCCCCGCUGAGCUCGCGGCGCAUGGCGCCCCCUCCCUCCCAGAGGCUGCUACUGCAGCA